ACUGGGGAGGCCACUGGUGCUCAGAUUGGCUGUACGGAUCCCAAAAAGCGCCAGAAAAAACAUCCUGACACAUUUACAGCAACAGCAGCAGCAGCCUGGACCCUGGACUGUUGGCGAGAAAGUAGAAGAACCAGACAUGAUCUUCUGCUGUUCUAGUCCAUCCACCUCCAGGUUGGAUGACUACUCCAACCAGUCUGACCGUUCUUCUGGAUGGUUUUGGAGUUUCUGCACCCUUCUAAGCAGCACCAACAGCAGCCAGUACUGUGUCAGUUGCCAGGCGACAGCGUAUCUGCAGAGGGAAGCGUAUCUCACCUGUAAGCUGAGACUCAGAGGACACCUGUCCAAACCGAGAUGACUCACCUUAACGCAGCUUCAAUAAGACGACAACACAACUAGGAAACUCACCUGACAGACUCAAACCUCGACAGAAGAGACAGGCAGCAGAUGUGAAGAUGGCUUUAGCCAGCGGUCACUGGCUGGAGAAAGAAAUAAGAGGAGAAGCUCCAAGCCCAAGACAUGGCCAUGCUUUAGCGGUGGCAGGAAACGUUGCUUUUCUUUUCGGAGGAGCCUCCAGGAUCAACCAAGAGGAGGACUGUCACGUUUACUUCAACGACUUCUACAUGCUGACAGUUACUCCUGAUGAUGUAACGUGGGAGGAGAUUCCUCAGAGUGGAGAAGUUCCCUCGGCCAGAGCAGGACACACUCUCUGUGUGGUUAAAGGAAGCCUGUACCUGUUUGGAGGAGCUUCCGGUCCAAACGCCACCGAAUGUCUCCCAGGAGUUUACAGCUUCGACAUCGUGUCUCUGACCUGGGAGUGUUUGGUAACUGGAGGUUUGGCCCUUAGAGCCCUUAGCAACAGCUCUGUGGCCGUGGGAGACAACAUCUACGUGUAUGGAGGCGUUUUGGACGGGAAUCCAACGGACGACCUCAUGGUCUUCAACACAGUUUCUCUCACCUGGACUCCGGUGAAAACAAACGGAUCGCCGCCUCCAGCUCUUUGGGGUCAGAGUUUUGCUCUGGUCGGUGAUCAGGUGUUCAUGUUUGGAGGUUAUGGAGCAGCAGGAGAAUUCUGCAAAGACGUUUAUGUUCUGAGUACAGAGAACCUUCUGUGGCAGAAAUGGGAGGUUAAAGGAGAAUCACCAGCAGCCUGCAGUGGACAAACUCUGACUGCACACCACGACAAAGACAUCUACCUGUUUGGUGGCAAAAGCACCAAUGAGGACGGCACGAUGGCGUCCUACAAUGAAAUCCAUAAACUCAGUAUCGCUAAGAUGAAGUGGAAGGUUCCUCUGUACGUCGGGAUUCCUCCGACCCGUCGACACGCUCACACCGCCUUCAUCCUCCACAGCCAUCUGUAUGUGUUUGGAGGAAAGAAUGAAGAGCAGGAUUUUAAUGACCUGAAGGUGAUGAAGCUCAUUAAUCCCUCAGAGAGACAACCAGUCAUGAAGGAGAUUCUGUCAGAGUUCGGCCUGCAGGGCGUCAGCCAUAGCUUCACUCCCACGAAGGUUCCCAACGUUCGCUAUGAGCUCAGUGAUUCGUUUCUGUCCAACCAGCCCAGGAACUCUGCAGUUAACACACAGGUGUUUGUCCACAGAGACUUCAGUGCAGUUCGAGAUCAGGCCAUGAAGAUGAUCCAGACCGCCUUCACUCUGCUGGACCAGGAGUUUCAGAAACUGGAUCGAGAGAAAUCCGAGUUGUCUAAAGCUGCUGCAGCUCUGCAGAGAGAAAAGGCCGCUCAUGAAGCUCACAGAGAACAACAACAACAGGAGCUGCAGGAGAUGUUGGACCGGCAUCGCUCUCAGAAUGAAUCGUGGCUGCGAGCGAAAGCUGAGGAGAACGAUCGAGAACGGAGGGAGCUGUGCAGACUCAGAGAGGAGGUGUUGCAGGACCAGGAGAGGCUGAAGGAAGAGCAGAGCAGCAUCCAGAAACGCAGCGAACAUCUUCUGUCCAUCAUGCAGCAGUUUAAAGGAAUGUAGACGGUUCCACGUUUAGACCAGUGGUCAGCUGAUGUUUUAUGUGAAACUGUCCACAGCAGGACUUUAUUCGACCGUCUGAAAGGUGAAAGUUCUUGACAGAUUGCUGUGGAGUUGCUAAAUUCUCCCUCAAUAAAGGUGUAUUUUUAAAAAAAAAGUGUGCAACAAUAUC